GUUAACGUCAACUUAUCAAAACAUACGAUACCAUAACCUCAAAACAUGCUCCUAAUAUUUUUUUCAAAAUAAAAACUUUGUUUCCUAGUUUUUCCGUCAUUCUUAGUGAAAAACACUAAGUUCAGUAUAAUAUGGAAAAAGCCCUGGAAGAACUUUUAAAAUAUGUCCAAAUAGGCGCCAGAAUCGACCUUAAGGCUGUAGCAGUAGAACAUGUUUUAGGUUUAACUGGUACCCCAGAAGGAGUCGAGGCAGUCUACAACAACCGUAAACUACUAGUCUCCCUCAUAAGUUUAUUAGAUGACCAAACAAUUCCAAUAUCAAAAGACUCCAGCUUAUGCCUCAUUAACAUUUCCGCGAAUGAGAAAGGGGCGCAAGCGUUAUUGGAAGUGGAUACAAACGCUGACUGUCCCCCUUUACAACUACCACCUGAAAACGUAGUAAACCAGUGCCUUAAACACAUAUUUAACAAAGAAAGUAAAAUUGCUGACCAAUGCUGCAUGAUUUUAUCAAAUUUAACUCGACCAAAGCAUUUGAUAGAAAGGGUGGUAAACAUUAUAGAGAAAAGUGGGAAAACUUUUGAUGAACUCGUAGACAUAUUUACUAAAAAGGAAUAUAAUAAGGGGGCAAAGCUGCAUUAUUUGGGGCCAGUGUUGUCAAAUUUGUCCCAGAGUAGCACUGUGCGGAGAUAUAUUUUAGAUAGGGACAAGUGUGUUAUUCAGAGGUUAUUGCCUUUUACUGAAUAUAAAGAUUCUUUGGUUAGGAGAGGUGGUAUUGUAGGUACAUUGAAAAAUUGCUGUUUUGAGACAGAUUUUCAUGAAUGGCUUCUCAGUGAGGACGUGGAUAUCCUUCCAAGGUUACUCCUUCCUCUGGCAGGUUCUGAGGAGUUUGAUGAGGAGGAUAAUGAUAAAUUACCUUUGGAACUGCAAUAUCUUCCAGAAGAUAAAAUUAGAGAAGAGGAUCCAGACAUAAGAUGUAUUUUACUAGAAGCUAUUACGCAGUUGUGUUCAAAAAAGGUGAACAGGGAAUUUGUGAGGGACAAAAAUACUUAUGUGAUCCUGAGGGAGUUGCAUAAGUGGGAGAAGGAUAAAAAGGCCUUGUUGGCCUGCGAGAAUUUAGUGGAUAUUUUGAUUAGAACUGAAGAAGAGAUUGCAGAAGAUAAUUUAAAAGAUUUGGAUAUUCCUGAGCAUUUGAUUGAGAAUUUUAGUAAGAUGAAUAAGGAAUUGUUGGAGGAGGAAGAUACCAAGUGACAUUCAUAUUUAUUUCAUAUUUAUAUUAUUCAUAUCUAUUGUAAUUGAUUUUUAUUAAUAUAAUUUUUUUAAGCUUA